AUGCCGCAGGGUUCGCUGUUGUCAUCGUCAUCGGCAGCAUCUGCAGGUACUUCAGUCACUGCACAUAGGGAACCGACUAGAUGGCGACGACGAUGGCAGCGGCAAGCAUCAGACAACGAAACAGAACACCACGUGAACUUGGAGCUCCAGUUACCCGAACCGCCAAGCCCCGAGGCAGCAGAGGCGCAGCUGGUUGCAACGCUGCUGCAGUCCUGGGAGCGGUCCUUGCAGCGCCCGGUUCCCGAGUCGAGCGAUGAUGAACCUGCCUGGGUGCAAACUGACUUUGCGUGCGUGCAUCACUACCGCGAGUACUGGAUACGCCGCAUAGAAAACGAGUGGGUUGCAGCAGUCGCAGAAAGCGCUGCGCUGAGGGUUGAAGUGAACGCUUGGGCAGUGACCAUUGCCUCUGUAGAGCCGACCUGCACGGACUACGCUGAUCGCGCUGUUCUUCAGUGGGCAGCCGGCGUCGAUCCGCCACCAGACCUGGAUUCACAAGACGUAUACUUCCUGCAAGUCGAACGCGGGCGCAACGCUGCGUCUGGCGCUGGGCCCAUCGUUCCUGCUUUACGGUUGACUCGAUUGGGCUUUGCGAGCUGUUCAGGGAACGUUCAUGAGUUUAGCGUUUGGAUUCCGCGAAACUGCCUCCAUAUGCAGCAACGCACUGGUACAGUUGCCCGACUAUGGCGAGCGUUCUCCGAUGAGCGCGAAUGGCGAACUGGGCUUGUACCUUUUGUGCGACAGCUCCAAGCGGUAACCCGGCUAGGCCAGAUCCAUCGACCGCUCUUGUAUGCGCUGAUCAGGCCCCAGGAGCAUUUCAGUAGCGGGCGUAAUGUGCCGCCGAACGCCUUGCCAGGUUUCCAAACACGGAAGCAGCAGCAGCAGCAGCAGCAGCAGCAAGAGCGCUAUGCGAACAUCCGGGAGAUGAAUAGUGGCGGGAGCGUCAAACCUGAUUUUUCUCUUGGUUUGUUGAAUGAUGGACAGAUGCGAGCGAUUACAAGAAUUGUAGAGGCUCGCCCCGGCUCUGUGACGUUGAUCGUUGGCCCGCCAGGAACGGGAAAGUCGCGGACCAUCAUCGGGGCGCUGAGACGUCUCACGGGAGAAACACCAGCGCCGCGUCUUCUUGUAUGCGCACCGUCAAAUCAUGCGGUGAGGCUGCUCUACGAACAGUUCCGGUCGCAGUCCGAUACUACGCGGCCGGUUGGUAUUGCGUGGUUACAGGCGCAAUCCCAGCGACAGGAACAUGCCAAUAAUGCCCCAAACUCCAAUAACGAUGGCCAAAUAGGAAUCGAGUGGAACGCUCUUGUUCAUGACGUUCCCAUACGGAACGCGGACGUUGUCUUCGCGACUCUGAAUAGUGCAGCUGGGCUAGGGUUUCAGGGUACGGGGAGGAUGCGAGAGCGACCCUUCCAGUACGUGAUUGUGGAUGAAGCGUCUCAAGCUGUUGAGCCGGAUACGCUGAUACCGCUCAUCCUCGAGUCUUUUUGCCCGACGAAUUUCCCGCAUGGUGAUCGGAUGGAACCCGAAACCAUCGCUCCAAGCAGACUUGUGCUUGUAGGCGAUGCUCGACAACUACCCGCCACAGUGCGAUCGCGCUUGAAUCAGGCUAGUGGAUAUGACAAGUCGCUUUUCGAGCGACUUUCCGAGGCUGCAGAACGCGUCCACGGAGCUGCGCUGUGUUGGCUAGACGAGCAGUAUCGCAUGCAUCCGUCGAUCGCCGCGUUUCCGUCACAUUUUUUCUACGGGGAUCGUUUGCGUACAGCUUGCCAAGUUUGUGAGCGUCUGAGAGGCGUCGACUCUCCGAUAGAGCUUUUGGACAUGUCAGGCGACGCCGAACAUCGAGAAAUUCGAGUGGCCACUAGCCUGGCAAAUCCGUACGAGGCAGCUCGACUUGUACGAUGGUUAGCUGAGAAUCAACCGAAACUUGUCGGAAGUAGGAAAGAUCCGCUGACUGUUUUGUUGAUCACGCCGUACCGGGCUCAGGUUCGUUUUCUGGAAGAAGCGCUUCAGGAGUUCCAUCUUUGGACGCCAGCAGCUGCAGCAUCGUCGCAACCAACACGAAGCCGUCAGGAAUAUCGAGUUGCCACCGUGGAUGCCGCCCAGGGUGCAGAGGCUGACCUCGUGAUUUUCAGCCCUGUUCGGAGUGCCCGACACGGAGUGAGCGCAUGUACAACGCCCCGAGCGCUGAGCAUCGGUUUUGUGGCGGAUACCCGGCGACUCAAUGUAGCGCUCACAAGGGCACGAUCGCAGCUCGUUGUUGGCGGCGACCUGCUUACGUUGGUUCGAGCCUCACCAGUUUUUGCCGCAUGGAUAACGUUUCUGUGUGAGCGCAAGCUCGUUCCGAACCCGGAGGCACUCUGGGAACGUCUCUGUGAGGGACUCGAACACCCGCCAAACGAGCGGACAACGCUGGUGGAUACAUCGGAUCCUGUGGCGUCCGGCUUCGCGGAUGCAUCCGAGGCUGCAAAGGCGCGCAAGCCCGAUGUCGUCGCUAGGCAGAACCGUCGUAACGAGGCGGCCUGCGCGCCCAUCUACCCAUGCAAGAUCUGCCGGCAGGCGUCAACCCGGAUCUCUGCCGCAGUAGCUCGGAAACAGACACUGGGGUCCUUGCAGGAGCCGCGGUCUACGCGACACAGUCCUACCGCUGGCUUGCCACCAGCAGUGGCAUCGAUUUCCUGCGCAAAAAUGAAACGCACACAGAAGGAUGCGCGGAUAGCUGCAGCGCGUGCCGAGGCCGCCACUGCACGCAUCAUUCACUCCGAUGACGACGCAUCAUCCGACGCGGGCUCGCUGCCGACCAGAGGCGGGAGAGCAGCGCAGCUGUUGCGAAGGCAUCGCACCAACGGCGGCGGGUAUGCUACAACGCGACCGCAGCCAGUGCACAAGGGUGUCGACCGGCGCUGGCGCUCCUCGAGCGAUGCUAUUGCCGGCACCAAUGCGGAUCACUUUACGAAGCGGAUACGGGCAGCGAGACCAGCGCCAUCGUCAGUUCCAGGACUGACUGGGGGAUCGGCACCGUCGGCCGCCGCGUUGGCGACUGUUUUUGAAUCACCAUGGCCCCGUGAACGCGUUUCUGCCGAGCAGCAACGCCAACUCGAUCGCGUCUCCUCUGUGCAGAGGUUCGCUCUCGGUGGAGCCACGACGACACCAGUAACGCUGGCAGUUGGAGAUCGUUUUCGCGAGCCCUCGCUGCACACUGGAUCCGUCGCACGAAACUCCACGGCAGUGCAACGCAUCGCGAGCCGACUUGCCGAAAGAGCAAAAGACACAUUGGAGAAUGUCCGCCGUUCAGCGAUAUUCGACAAGGAAGGCUCUGGUGAUGCGCGCUGA